GAGAGAGCAGAAACAGCAGUCGGUGGAGAGGGGGAGAGCGGCGAACAGAGAGAGAGAGAGACGCGGAGACUCACGGGGAGGAAGGGGCAGCACUUGUUGAGAAAAAGUUACUCGAGCAACCGAUAAGAGAGAGAGAGACGCUGCAACUCGGAUGGGACAUAGGCUCGCACGUUUGUGUCACGCUCCAUGUGUAGUCGAUAGUCAAAGCAAGAGUAAGUAGCUACAUCUCUAAGUAAACUAAACGUAACUAAAAUACGACAUCUAUAGGUUAGGAUAUACAUAAAUACUUUUAGUCAGUAGAUUUUGACGUUGGUUAUUCGUGUAAAAUUCACGAGAUCUAUACCGAAUAUAUGUAUAUUCGAUAUAUUCCCAACCAUACACAGGCAACACAAGUAUAACAACCUACACAUUGUCUAUUGUUGCAUGGGUCGCAUUAUACAGGGAAAGAGUUCAGGGCAAUCGUUCAUAAAAUAACAUAUUUUAUAGAUAUGUUCCAGAACGCAUAUUGACAUACAUUCAGCAAAUAUUUUCUAUUUAGCCUAACAUCCGUUCUGUUAGUAUCACGACAGUUGAGAGCACAUUCACUUUGCUGAACCAUAACCACACUUCAGCACAAGACCCAUCGAGCAUAGCUCCAGUGUGAUUUUUUUGUAGCUCAUCAUUGUCCAUCGAAGGUAGUUCAGUAGCGAUGGGUCCUUUGUGGGCGAUGGUGGCCCUGACGGUGGUGGUCGUGUGUGGAGCCCCGGGCAUCCAUGCGGGACCCAUGAUGAGCCAGGACCCGUUGGCGCUGUGGAUAGACGCGACCCAAGCCCGUGACCUGAUCGGCUUGGAGGAGAACAUCUACAUCGUCUCCGAUGGGAAGAUGGCCCCGUUCACGCACGACUUCAAGAGGGCGCAGCAGAGAAUGCCGGCCAUCCCAAGCACCAUCCCCUCCAUCAACUUCACGUGGCAGGCUGCCAGAGAGUCGGAGUACUUCUACGAGUUCCAGCUCAUGAGGUCCUUGGACGAGGACAUCAUGAGCCACCCUGUGGUCAACAUCCCAGCCCUGGGCACCAUCCCGAACGAGCCAUCUGUGGUACAGGUGAGCUUCCCGUGCCUGGCCUCCCAGGAGGGGGUGGCCGCCUUCAAGGCCAUCGUGCAGAUCAUCAACCAGGACGGCGACAUCGUCCUGAGCACGCCCGAGAACGCCAUCUUCUUCAAAGUGUGCAAGAAAGCCGGCUGCAAGGAGGGCUGCAUGAACGGAGGCGUGUGCACCGACCGCGACACGUGCGACUGUCCGGACGGGUUCUUCGGGGCGAGCUGCGAGAAAGCUCUGUGUGCCCCCCGCUGCAUGAACGGGGGGCUCUGCAUCACCCCUGGACUCUGUCUGUGCCCCCCCGGAUUCAGCGGCGUCUACUGUGAGAACGCCAACUGCAGCAACAGCUGCCUCAACGGCGGCACGUGUCACCACCACGGCAAGUGCGUGUGCCCGCCCGGCUUCGACGGCAGCCACUGCGAACACAGCAAGUGCAGCCCCCCGUGCCAGAACCGUGGCAAGUGCGUGGGCACCAACCGCUGCAAGUGCUCCAAGGGCUACGAGGGUGACCACUGCGCUCGACCCGUGUGCUGGUCGGGAUGUGCCCCCCACGGAUCGUGCGUGGCCCCCCGCGUCUGCCGCUGCGAGGAGGGGUGGCACGGGCAGCUCUGCGACAAGCGCGCCUCGAUGGGCCCGCACAAGUUUGGCGGCAGGAAGAAGGCGCUGCCACCGCCACCGCCGCCAGCCAAGGUCCUGCCAGAGGACGACACCCCCAGCGACUCCAACUACAUCUGGUAACGGCGGCCGUGGGUGGCACGACCCCCACCGGCCCCCCCUCCUCCUCCUCCGCCGCCGUCGUCUCUCCGUCCCCCGAGACUCGCCACGACCCCCACGGCGCAAGACCCCCCCGCGCUCGCACGGCACCGGUGGCCUCGGCGGGCAGCAGCUCUCAUCCCCCCUCCAUCCGGCUUCGAGUCGUCGUUACCCCGGCGCAAUCUCUCUCUGUGUCUCUCUCUCUCUGUCUAUCUGCGUGUGUACUGUUCUAUACCACGUGUGUGUACUGCUCUAUAACACGCGUGUGUACUGCUCUAUAUCACGUGUGUGUACUGCUCUAUAACAUGCGUGUCUACUCUAUACCAUGCGUGUGUACUGCUCUAUAACACGUGUGUGUACUACUCUAUACCACGCGUGUGUACUGCUCUAUAUCACGCGUGUGCCGUUCAGGUUCUGGGGAUUAUACGUUGGGUGUUGAGAUGGUACACGUUGCCCAUAAAGAGGAGCACAGUGGGCUCGCGAGCGUUCACGGGUUACGGGACUCGACUCGCGUGCGAAGGCGAGCGGGCGAGUGGGCGGGAGUGGGAAGGGCGCUUCGCUGGAAGGGACGGAUGGCCAGCGGAUAGCGACGGAGUGUAGCCGGAGAGAACUCCCAGCGACAGAGACGGAGGCAUGGACAUCGGUGUGGGUGGUUUCAUGUAUUGCGGGAUUGCGGGAGACGGCAGCUGCUUGGGGAGGAACUUCAUCCAGCAGUGGCAUUAACCGUGGCCGCUGACGGCGGUGAUUCGGUGCCAUUGAAAUUCCCUUUCGGCUGUCGGGCAGCCUAAAACGAGCGAGUGUUUGUCUUGUUUGCUUGCGAAGAACUAGCUACCCUCUCAGCCGUGCGUCGCGAGCGUGCGAGUGGACAGAGAGUUGCCGGAUGUUGAGUGAACUUCUGUUUUGUAUUUUGUGUUGCUGUUGCAGUGUCUCAUUGUAUACACCGCAGCGCACCACGCAUGCUCAGAUCUUCUCCUUCGUCGCGUCUCCUUUCCCAACCUUGAUGGUCUCUUCCCAGCAGUCUGCGCAGGCCACACCGCCUCUGAUAUCGGCAUCGCCAAAAUGUUGAGGAGUUAGCACUGCGGUUGCUGCCGGGCAUCUCAGGAGAUGACCCCACGUGGCGUGCUUCUGCUGACAAGCACAUUGGUCGGUUGUGUAGACGCCAUCCCACCCUCGCGGCCCCCCCCCCGUCCCCAUGAUAUCGUGAGCGAUUUGAAUCUGUCGAGAUCCACUCUGGGCGCGCUCAAGGCAAUGCCGUGGCGUGACAUCGUAAAGGGGACAGCCCUCGAAGUGGCGCAGUCGCACCCAGACACAUCUCUCUGCGAGAGGGCACCGGACAAAAAGGCAACGGUCAAUUUGCCUUCUGGGCUUUUAUCGCGAGACCGGAGGCUGGGGGGUGGGGGGGGGGCACUCAUCUCUGACGCGGCCCUGAGCCAGUGGUGGAAAUUCCACGUUCCUCAUACAGCUUCCAGUCUCAUGCACGGGACAGGUGGCACAGCCGAGAUGGGCCCCACCCCCCCGUGCUGUGCGUGACGGGGCAGACGCCGUCUCCCGUGUUACCUCGUGCUGCUUGAUGAAGACGGUGUUUGGAUUAAAAUGUUUUUAUUCUUUAACACGGUCUUGUUUGUGGGUGGGCGGGGGGGUGGUUGUUAUUUUAUUGCUGUUCAAUUUUUUGUGUACACUGAACGCUGCUCAUGUUACUGUAGACGUAGUCGCGUGUCACUUAUACAGAAACUGUAUUUAAUGUUGCUCAGAUAUCUUGGACGCAGCGUGCGCAGUGUACGCACGCUCAGGUCGCUCAUGUCGGCGUUUGGACCCGAAAAAAAUUAACCCGUAAAAACAAAGUUUUUCACUAUAAAUCCUUUAUAUGCGUGGCGGCUAGAGUCCUCUCGUCCUCUGGCUUGAGAUGGCUGCCACCUAUGGGUCAGAUGAUUGUCUGCCACCAUUAAGCAAUUGGUAAUUACAUAUAAUUUUUUUUCCUAAAAAGUGUAAAAUUUUUGGAAAAAAAUUUCACGAAAAUUAAUUGUCACGCACAACGAGUCUGUGUGCAAAAUGUCAGCUCGAUUUGAUCACGGGAAGUGGGUAAAAAAACGACCGAAAAAUUUGCACGGUCGUAAGCGCGCAAGCAAGCAAGCAAGUGAACUUAAUAUAAAGGAUUUAAAAAAAUGUAGCACAGGUGGUACGGUUGGGUGAGGUCCGCCUGGGAGAUGGCUAGCAGAUGCUACACACUGUCACCCCCCUCCCACCCCCGCUCUUCCAAAUAAAAAUAAAAAGUAAACCUCUCAAUAACUUUUUUAAUACAUCUUUCUCAACUUUAACUCCGACAUUUUAUUCCAAUUUUGGCUGCCAUUGGCAUGAGAUGAAGAAGUAUCGACUCACAAUCCUCACGCGAGCGUUGCCGUGAAAAGAGAUUUCACGGUGCGAGUUAUAAGGUCCUUUAAAGCGACCACCUAUCCACCCAUAAGGUUGAUACAGCUGCUCAAGCACCUUGCUGUAGAGAUCUUGGCCGCAUGACAGUCAGACCAUGAUACUUUACCUUCUCAAAAACACAAUUUUACAAGAUCAAAAAUUAAAUAAAAAUUUGCGAUCAUCUUUGGCAACCAAGAUGAAACCAUGAGCCCGGUUUCAUCACGGCCGGCCGAGACCCAGAUUCAAACCCAACGAUCUCAGCGCCACCAGCUCCGUCCUCUGACCCCCAGUGUACCGUGCCACCUCUCAAUAAUUCAGUAAGCCACUAAACGGAGCGGACAGGGGCAUCCUAUGUAAGGCGGCAACGCCAUUAGGAUUGGGAUGGCAAGGGCUGCAGUGCGCGUGGCUUUGGUUCUCAUGGCGAGUGAUGAGCAGGGAGGAUUCUCCAUAAAUCCGAUAUUUAUCCUGAAGCCCAUGGGACUACACAUCGCAGAUUUCGUACUGCACAAUGCAGGCUGUGUCCAGCACAGGGGUGUGCCAUCAUUGCCAUUCUCAAGCUGAGUAACGUUGUCAUCAAAGGCUGCUGUUUGUUUUAAAUACAAAACUUGUUUUUUUAAUUAUUAUAAUUAUUAUAAUUGUUAUGAUACUGUGUUAUUAAUAUUAAUUAUAUUAUUGUCGUUGUCACCGUCGUGGUUCUUUUUUGUUUGUUGCAAAAGUUAUCCCUUAAUAUAUCACUGCUGUGGUGGCGUUGUGUUGACGCGUGUAGCAUGGUGUUUUGUAUGUUAUUUAAUAAGCGUAACAAUGGGGUUUGUAGUGUUCGUUGGUGACGGUCCUUGGGCACGGAGUUUCCGAACGCAUCGCAUGUAGGCUAAAGUCACGUGUCACAGGGACCCGUGGGAUUGUAUCGAGGUGAAGUGUAUCGAAUUAAACGGCGGGCACCCCGCGCGCCCUCAAUAAACAUGUUCGUGCCCCCG